ACCACAACUAAAUGUUUGAUCGCGCUGUAAGGAAGUAUCAUUCGAAAUGAAGCGGUUUGUUUUAAUAUAUUUCGUGGCAGCGUUGUUACCUUCGAAUCUUGCCAUGGAUUUGAAUUGUCCAUCUGGCCUAAGACGCUGUGACUGGAUGGCUUGGAGCACGUGGUCCUCGUGCAGCAAAACAUGUGGUAAUGGCACGCAAACUAGGUCGCGCGGUCUCUGCUGCUAUCAGAAUGAAACGGUUGUUGACUGCCGAACAAGCUGCGGGAUUUCUGAUCAAUCAAUUGAUUCUAAAGGAUGCGGCACUGUCUGCCCGAAAGGCAACUGUUCGUUUAUGAGAAUCAACAAUACAAGUAUAGAGGCUACGGAUUACAAACCAUUGUACGAAGACUUGGGUAACAAAACAAAGAUAAUUAUUAAUCCAUCAGUACAUCUAUCCAGUUCAGAAAGGUUUUGCGGAAGCAUUUGCUAUCAAGCUAGUCUUCAGAGUGGUCAUUUUUGUUGGGCAUAUUCAUACAGUCAAAGGGAGAAAUGUUAUCUACAUUUCUACGAUAGACCGUUUUCAAUUGCGCAUCCGGAAUUGCGUGGCCAAUCUAAAGGGACUUCUAUCUUUUUACUCCAAUGUACAGGCUAUACUGGCUCUACAACAACCACGGCACCAGUCUCCAGCAAAGGCAAUUUAUCAACUGAAGCUGCAUAUACUGGCUCUACAACAACCACGACACCAGUCUCCAGCAAAGACAAUUUAUCAACUGAAGCCGCAUCUUGUAUUGCGAAGGUAGCGGAUGUUGUGUUUGUUGUGGACUCCUCGGGAAGUAUCGGUAGCGACAACUUCCAGAAGGUCAGAGAGUUCAUCAAAGACGUCGUAAUGACGUUUGACGUCGAGCCAAGAUACACGCGAGUGGCGCUGAUAGAAUACAGCACUGUGGCACAUAUUGAGUUUAAACUGCACGAAAUGGUCAAUCUCACUGACCUUUUGAAAGCUAUUGACAACAUCGCCUAUUCUGGGGGAGGAACGGCAACUUCUGAUGCUCUGAAACUGAUGAGAACAGAAGGCUUUGAUAGGGAGCGCCCGGAUGCCCCUGAUAUAGCGAUAGUGAUAACAGACGGGCUGUCGAAGUAUCCGAAAAUCACACGCACACAGGCGAACCUCGCGAAAUCUGAAGGCAUAACAGUGUUUUCUAUUGGUAUUGGCAACCUAACGGACGAGAAUGAACUUCUCGCUAUAGCCAGUGACAAAAGGUUCUCGUUUGAGGUGGGAGACUAUGAAAAACUGCUGACGCUAGAAAGUGUCGUGGCACAUAUGGCAUGCGGAGUUGUGUUACCGGAACAGAACGACACUAUUACAACAUCGACCACACCGUCGGUUUGUGUAGAUCUUAGUCCCGACUGCGCCUCUUACCCGCGUGACUCUUGUACGGACUUUGAGCCGUACGCCAGGAAAAACUGUGCCAGAACAUGCGGAUAUUGUCCAGGAUUUCCCCUUGUUGAUCCACCAUGUAAGGACAAACUCGACAACUGUGAUCAUUAUGGGACGUAUAUGUGUUAUGAUGUCGCGCAGUAUGACUGGGUAGACUCCAACUGCCGAAAGUACUGCGGGUUUUGCGGUAACAAGACAGAGUUUUACAUCUCCACAACCUCAUCAACUACGCAAGCGAUAUCUACAGUAUCUACAUGCCAGGAUAAGUUUGAGAGUUGCUCCAGCUACAAUGCUGACCUAUGUACAAACCCUACAUACGAUACCUGGGCACGGUCAAACUGUCCAAGAUACUGUGGUUUCUGUUUUAAUUAUAACUACGUUACGAGUGCUGUCGUUAAUCACAUCAAAUGCCCUUCCUGGAAUCUUCCCGAACAGUGUACACUGGAGUACAAAGGCGGACAAUGCUGUCCUUUUCCGAAAUGUACCGACGGUCUCCGACUGACUAUAAAACGACAUUUUGAAAGAUAAUUUAUACAUCUUGACAAUACAUGUUUUACAAAAAACACAUUUGUGUAUAUAAAUACUUAUUAUUUUGACACAAGUAAAAUUACUGAAAAGGUAAUAAAAUAUAUGUUAUUGUUUA